AUGUUCGCAACACUCAAGGCCUAUGGCCUGCUGUACGCUGUCUGCGCCUCCACUCUCUUUUCUCUCGGGUUGGCUUCCUUCGAUGUGACGUCUAAGAAUAACGUUGCUGUCUACUAUGGUCAAGGUUCGAAUCAGCAGUCCCUGAGCACAUACUGUGCAGACAGCAGCAUCGACGUGAUAAUCUUGUCAUUUGUCUACUUGUUUCCCCAGCAAGCAAACGGAUACCCGGGAAUCAACUUCGGCAACCAGUGCUCUGGCGAGACUUAUCCAGGCCCGGGAUAUGCAGGCAACAAUGUUCCUGCCAGCAACCAGCUGCUGAAAUGCCCCAACUUACAGCGCGACCUGAAUACCUGCCGUAAAUCCAGUCCUGGGAAGAAGAUUCUUCUGUCUCUGGGUGGAGCUAAUGGCGGGUACCAACUCACCGGCGCAGCGGACGGGGUCGAUUUCGCUACGAAGCUCUGGUACAUAUUUGGUCCACGCCAGCAGGCCAUGGUCGACAGCGGGUACCCUCGCCCUUUCGACUACAACAAUGAAGCAUUUUCUGUUGACGGGUUCGACCUGGACAUCGAGCAUCCACCCACGGAUGGCGCCGAAGGAUACAAAGCCAUGGUGAUAGAGCUUCGAAAGCUCUACGGUGCCGCUAGUGGCCAGUUCUAUCUGACAGCAUCACCACAGUGUCAGGUGCCGGAUAAUAAUAUGAAGGAAAUGCUGUCGGUCGGCUCGUUCGAUAUGAUUUUCAUACAGUUCUACAACACCCCAUUUUGUUCUGCACGGCAGUGGGUCAGUACAAACCCCAACUACAAAGUUGGAGACGCAGUCGCGACUGGUGGCUUCACCUACGAUGCCUGGACGACGUGGAUGGCGACCACACCCAGCAAGAACGCUCGACUUUACAUCGGCCUUCCAGGGUCAGCGAACGCAGCCAACAGCGGAUUUGACUUGACUGUCCCCGAGGCAUCAAAUCUUAUCAAUGCGUAUUAUUGUAGCGCAAACUUUGGGGGUAUUGCGAUAUGGGAAGCUACAUACGCCAGUAGCAAUGUAGUGAACGGGAAGAACUUUUAUCAGAACAUGAAGUCGGUUUUGACCACGGCAGCUGCAGGGGCAGGCCGGUGCUCGCACGGGUCUCAGCUCAGGGACAAACCCAGGUACCAGUUCCAAGACUACUUUAACGACUACUUUAAGGACAACCUUCAGCACAAGCAAGGGGACCAGUACAAAGACAAGUUCCGGGACGAGCAAGGUGACGACAAGCAAGGUGACGACAAGCAAGGUGACGAGCUCAGGAACAAUGCCGGGGACGAGCUCAAGAAUAAGUUCUGGCACAAGCACGAGGGUGAGCUCUUCAGCGCUUCCAAUGUCGACUGA